AUGGGCAAUUCUUGCUUUGGCCUUUUUACCUGCAUAGACCAAGCAAGCGUAGGCGUCUUGGAGAGGUGGGGUCGGUUCGAGAAGCUGGCCGAACCCGGUUUCCAUCUCCUGAACCCGUGCGCUGGUCAAUGGGUCGCCGGUGUCCUCUCCACCAGGAUUUCCUCUCUCGAUGUCCGCAUCGAGACCAAAACCAAGGAUAAUGUGUUUGUGCAAUUAGUGUGUUCCAUUCAAUACCGGGUGGUGAGACAGAAUGCUGAUGAUGCUUUUUAUGAGUUGCAAAACCCCAAAGAGCAGAUUCAAGCUUAUGUCUUUGAUGUGGUUAGAGCUCUGGUGCCGAGAAUGACAUUGGAUGACCUCUUUGAACAGAAGGGUGAGGUUGCUAAAGCUGUCUUGGAGGAACUUGAGAAGGUUAUGAGAGAAUAUGGAUACAGCAUAGAGCACAUACUGAUGGUUGACAUUAUACCGGAUGCCUCUGUGCGCAAGGCAAUGAAUGAGAUUAAUGCAGCUCAAAGGCUCCAGCUUGCUAAUGUAUACAAAGGAGAGGCAGAGAAGGUGCUUCAGGUGAAAAGGGCAGAAGCUGAAGCUGAGGCCAAGUACCUUGGAGGAGUUGGUGUUGCCAGGCAGAGGCAGGCAAUCACUGAUGGGUUAAGAGAGAACAUCUUGAAUUUCUCAGGCAAGGUGGAAGGAACCUCAGCGAAGGAGGUGAUGGAUCUGAUCAUGAUCACUCAGUACUUUGACACAAUUAAAGACCUUGGCAACAACUCAAAGAACACUACUGUUUUUAUACCCCAUGGUCCUGGUCACGUCAGAGACAUUGGUGAUCAGAUACGCAAUGGACAACUGGAGGCAGCUAGUGCUCAAGUAAAUGGCGAGUAA